CAAAUAUAUCAUCCCUUUAGUGUCACAGUAAACUUGAAACUUCAUUUUCUCUCGCCGAGUACGUCACAAAUGACAAUGUAACAUAAUGCAAACAUAAUGUAACAGAUUUCUUAUCAGCGGAAUCGAGAUAAGAGUUCGAACCUUGGAUCAUUACUCUCCGUCGAGGAAGAUCGGCGCGCAGUUUGGAGAGGCACACGCACGUUGUCCCGACAAAAUAAACGUUGAACUGAGUGUUGAAAUCAAAUAGUUUCGAAGGGAGGUUCCGUGAAUGGUCGGUUUGGUACCGGAAGAAGGAAGGGGAACCCUGCCGAUUGGCCCCGCGGACUGUCAGCGAUUUGAACACCACUAGCGGAACGUCGCCGUUCCUCCUGCUUCAGAAACGAUCGACGUGAUGGGAGAGCUGACGCAUUGGAUACUGGCCCUGUUCUGCGUUCUUGCAGGGCUGGUAGAGGCAUACUAUUUUCAAAACGAAGUCGUCGAGCCACUCCUGAAUUAUAAUGGAGCAAAAAGAUACCACUGUCCAGCAACAGCACACAAACAACCAGCCGAUAGACAGAAUACUACAUUAAGAUUGAAACAAUUAAGAUCAGUAAUGACUAGAGUUGCUUCUAUACAAGUACCACCUCUUGAUGGAUACAUCGUCACUUCCGACGACGCGCAUCAGAGCGAUUCCCUGGAUCCCCGUGAUAUGAGAAGAGAAUUUAUCACUGGAUUCUACGGCAGUGCAGGAGAGGCUCUCAUCACUUGGGAUAAGGCCGUAUUCUGGACUGAUGGGAGAUAUCAUAUACAAGCAGAUCACCAACUUGAUUGUAAUUGGAUUCUUAUGAAACGCGGUAGGCCAGAAGUCCCUUCUAUAACAGAGUGGCUGAAACACGAGUUUCACAGCCAAAAUGUGCGUAUUGGCGCCGACCCAACGCUCGUAUCUGCCAUCGAUUGGGAAACUUGGGAAGAUGAAUUAGCGAAUUCAUCCAUAAGAUUGGUUCCUGUCCGUAACAACCUGGUGGACUUGAUCUGGCAGAUCGAUCGACCGAGUUAUAAUCCACAUCCGGCGUAUCCUUUGCCAGACAAAUAUUCCGGAAAAGCCUGGCAGGACAAAGUCCAGUUGAUCCGUGUCGAAAUGGAGUCCUACAAAGCUGAUGCGCUAAUUCUCACAGCCCUCGACGAAAUAGCCUGGCUGUUCAAUAUUCGUGGAUACGAUCUGCCAAACACGCCAGUUCUCAGAGCAUAUGCGGUUGUUACUCACGGAUCGAUACAUCUGUAUGCUCCACGGCAUAAGAUUUUAAGAUCGAUCGACGAACAUUUAAAAAUGGACUUUUGCUCGCAUGCAAAUUGCGUGACGUUGCACAACUACACUUCUAUUUGGUACGAUUUACGAACAAUGUCUCAAGCUUGGAACUUAGUAUGGCUGCCAACGCGAUGCGCUUACAGUCCAGGUGCCUCUAUGGAAAUAUUUAACUCUAUUCCUGCAGAGAAACGGUUGCCAAAACCGUCGCCGGUAUUGAGCUUACGAGCACAGAAAAACGAAAUUGAAGCAGAAGGGAUGAGGAGAUCUCACUUAAGGGACGCAGCGAUGAUGUGCGAUUUCCUUGCGUAUAUGGAGGAACAGUACGAACUGAAUUCAGACAGUUGGGACGAGAUGCAGGUAGCGAGAUUGGCAAACGAGUUUCGUUACGAACAGGACAAGAAUAAAGGCAUCUCGUUUCCUACUAUCGCUGGAUAUGGACCCCAUGCUGCUAUUCCCCAUUACGAGCCCAACAACUUAACGAACAUUAAGAUUGGAAAAACGUCUACUUUGGUUGUGGAUUCAGGAGGGCAAUAUUUAGAUGGAACUACAGAUGUUACGAGAACGCUACAUUUUGGUACGCCAACGGAAGAACAGAAAAAAGCAUACACAAGAGUGUUAAUCGGAGCAAUACAAUUAUCCUCGUUAAUUUUUCCGAGCAGUUUAAAAUCCAACCAGCUGGAUAUCGUCGCAAGAGCACCAUUAUGGAACACUGGUUACGACUAUUUGCACGGAACUGGCCAUGGGAUCGGUCACUUUUUGUCUGUCCACGAAUCACCUAUUGGUGUAUCAUACGGACAGCCUGCAUCAUCAGACAAAAUUUGCGGACCUGUUGAAUUAAAACCAGGAUUUUUUUUAUCGAAUGAACCCGGUUACUACAAAGAAGGCGAUUUCGGCGUUCGUUUGGAGAACAUUCUUGAAACGGUGGAAGCAGGCAAAUCAAAAACUUCGGAAAGUUUUUUGAAAUUCAGGGACGUCACAUUAGUUCCAUAUGAACCGAAGUUGAUUAAUUAUGAUAUGUUAAAUCCAUCUCAUAUACGAUGGAUAAAUAACUAUAAUCGUCGAAUUAGAGAUGAAGUAGGUCCAGAAUUAAAGAGAAAAUUAAAAAUGGAUGCUUUCAAUUGGAUGUUAAAAAAAACAGCAACUAUUCCAGAAGUAAAGCUAAUCGAUGAAGGUUUGCUUUUUGGCCAUUCUGAUUCAACGCCUUCUACAUGCAAACAAUUCCAUAUAUUAGUUUAUCUGAUUUCGUUGUAUUACAUUCUAUGCAAUUUUCCAGAUAUGUGGAGUUAAUUAAGAUGUGUCCAAAAGGGUAGUGAACAAAUGUAUGAUUUAAAAAUGACUUAUGCCAGAGAGAAACAGUUUCAAAAUUGUGCUUAAACUAGUGUUAUUUUAAUAUAUAUUAAAGUUAUUAUUUUUGUACGUACUGCCAAUUCUAUAUACAGAUUUUGCAACCAUACUAUAAAUAGUAUGACAGUAUCAUUGAAAGAUAAAAACAAGUAUUUUUGGCAUGUAAAAAAAUUUAGUAUAUAUACAUG